AUGAUCCAUCAAGACUGCAUUACCCUUCCCCGCCUCAUAAACAUCAACCGGCACGAGCACCGUGUUUCUCGCACUUCUCUUCUUGGUGUACUGAAUUCUGUAUGUGGGGUUUGUCGCCAGAAGGUGGACUGGACUUGCGGGGGAUAUUCUUGUCAAAAGUGUCCUGGCUAUGUCGUGCAUUCGAAAUGCGCUACAAGAAAAGAUGUGUGGAACGGGAAAGAACUCGAAGGAAUACCGGAAGAAACAGAAGAUAUAGAGCCAUAUGUGGUGAUAGAUGACAACACAAUACAGCAUUUCAGCCACAAGGAGCAUUACCUAAGACUCAACUUUGAUGGUGUUUUAUGUGAAGACAACAAGCAUUGCAACGCAUGCACCCAACCCAUCUCUCUCGAAUCCUUCUAUGGCUGUAUCAUGGAUUGUGAUUUCAUGCUCCACAAAAAGUGUGCUGAAUUUCCAAAGAAGAAAUGGCAUGUGCUACACAAUGAACGACUUACUUUAGUUCCAAGAAAGUCAGAUUUCUUUGUGUGUGAUGCUUGUUAUAGAGUGUCUAAUGGUUUUGUGUACCAGCAUGGUGAUAUGGAAUUAGAUGUUCUGUGCAGUUCAAUUUCUGAGCCCUUUGUUCAUCCAAGUCAUCCCGAUCAUCCUUUAUAUUACAUUCUACGAGACGAAGAUGGAAUCUGCAGUGGUUGCAACUUAGAGGAAUCUCAUGUGCUCAGUUGCAUUGAAGUUGGUUGUGGAUUUGUCCUGGGAUUCAAAUGCGCCACUUUGUCACAUGUUAUAAAGCAUAGAGUUGAUGAUCAUCCUCUCACACUAUGCUAUGGUGAAGAGGCAAGUGGUAAAUACUGGUGUGACAUUUGUGAGACAGAAACUGAUCCAAGCAAGUGGUUCUACACGUGA